AUGGAUGUUAAGCCUGCGUUAGUGUCAGCGGCCACAAGCUGCAGAUUGCCAACCAAAUUCUGGGGAGCGUCAACGGCGACUCCGCGACAAAACACGGCGAUCGGGCUUCGUCUUCCAGGGAAGCAGUCAUGCUUUGCACUCCUUCUGGCGAAGCUUGUGAGAAGACGAACGUCUUGCAGAGCAGCCACGGCAGCUGCAACUGCGGAUGAGAUCAGCGGCAUGUCUGACCUUAUCACUCGCGGCUAUGAUGGGAUCUUGCUGGACCAGUACGGGGUGCUCCAUGACGGAAGGGAGGUGCUCCCCGGCGUACAGGAUUGCUUAGACCAGCUUCAUCAGCGUGGAAUCCCCAUGGCCAUUGUGUCAAACUCGCCAUGCGAAUCUCCAAACGCUUUGCUGCGUUUGGAGAGUCUCGGCCUGGCGACAGACUAUUUCACAAAUGUAGUCACCAGCGGUGACCAAGCAAAGCGUUAUUUGGAGGCCUUGAUUAGUGAAGCUGCGCCCGUGAGAUUACGCUGUGUUUUCAUUUCUCACGCAGAUCACGCAGAGCGUGGUACAUGGUCACCAGAACAGCUGCGUUCCAUGGGCAUGGAACUCGUGAGUAGCAUUGAAGAGUGUGAUUUUAUUUUGGCAAACGGUGUUCAAGUAUGCUACAAGGGAACCCUCUCCGAGAUUGAAUCAAAUUACGAAUCUGACGCCAGUGACUGGGGUGUGUUUGGGAAGGUGCUGGAGACAGCCGCCAAAGGCCAGCGACCCUUGAUCAUAUCCAAUCCAGACUGUGUCGUCCACCGCAAAAACGGUGUGUUAGCAAACUGCCCUGGGCAAUUCGCCAAGAAGUACUCGGCUUCAGGCGGUAAGCAUCUUUACGUUUUUGGAAAGCCAGGCAAAGAGAUUUUCAGAGAAGCCUCCAGGGCCCUGGAAGUCUGCGGAGCCCGGCGUAUUUGUCAUGUUGGCGACUCACUCAUCCAUGAUGUGGGUGGUGCAGCCGGUGCCGGCUUUGAUUCUGUCUUAGUCUGUGGCGGAAUUCAUGCUCCUGAGUUGCAGGGCAUGUCUGUUAGUGACUUGUGCCGCCGAAAGGGCGCGCCGUGUCCGACGUUCACUAUGUCUACAUUUCAUUGGUAG